CGGAAGAGAACGGCUAAGCUACAAUGGCGUAGCAACCGUCGUAAUUCCGCUCUGCUAGGUUUUUGCCGAAAUCGGAAUCGGUGUUCGCGGAUCCAAGCUGCGAGAUCCGAUCCCUGAUUAACAGCUAUGGGCAUAGUGUUUACUCGGCUGCUCUCCGCCAUCUUCGGCAACCGGGAGGCUCGAAUCCUCGUGCUCGGGCUCGACAAUGCCGGAAAAACUACUAUACUGUAUCGGCUACAGAUGGGUGAGGUGGUCUCUACGAUCCCAACGAUUGGAUUCAAUGUGGAAACCGUCCAGUACAAUAAUAUUAAAUUACAGGUUUGGGAUCUGGGUGGGCAGACAAGCAUAAGGCCAUACUGGAGAUGCUACUUUCCUAAUACUCAAGCCGUUAUAUAUGUUGUCGAUUCAAGCGACACUGAUAGAUUGGUGAUAGCAAAGGAGGAAUUUCAUGCUAUCUUGGAGGAAGAUGAACUAAAAGGUUCGGUUGUGCUCGUGUAUGCGAAUAAGCAGGAUCUUCCUGGAGCACUUGAUGAUGCUGCAAUAACAGAGGCUUUAGAACUUCACAAGAUAAGGAAUCGCCAAUGGGCCAUCUUCAAAACUUCAGCCAUCAAGGGAGAAGGUCUCUUUGAGGGUUUGGACUGGUAAAUACCCGCAUGAGCUUCUGCUAACAUAAGGCACUAACAUUGUCAUGAGUUGAUCUAUAUGAUAUCAAUAGGGGACACGAUUAGUAUGAAAAAUAUGAAAUGAAAACAUAAAAUAUGAAACCAUAAUAA